UUUUCAUUUUCAUUUUCCAAUUCGAAGGUAGUAACAUUGAUUUGUUAAGAGGAACGAAGUGACACAACAAAACACUUUUGGAAUUCGAAGCAAUGGAUAGAGAAUGGGGUUCGAAACCUGGAAGCGGAGGAGCAGCGACGGCGCAAAACGAAGCAAUAGACCGUCGGGAGCGUCUCCGGCGACUUGCACUAGAAACAAUAGAUCUAGCAAAGGAUCCAUAUUUCAUGCGCAAUCACCUUGGUAGCUACGAAUGCAAACUCUGUCUCACUCUCCACAACAACGAAGGCAAUUACCUUGCUCACACUCAAGGGAAGCGUCAUCAAACCAAUCUCGCUAAGCGUGCCGCACGUGAGGCCAAAGAUGCUCCCACUCAACCCCAACCUCAUAAGCGCAAACUCAACCUUCGCAAAACUGUUAAAAUUGGUCGUCCUGGUUACCGUGUAACUAAGCAAUUUGAUCCUGAUACUAAGCAAAGAUCUCUCCUAUUCCAGAUUGAAUAUCCUGAGAUUGAAGACCUCACAAAGCCUAGGCAUCGAUUUAUGUCCUCCUAUGAGCAGAGGGUGCAACCAUUUGAUAAAAGAUAUCAGUAUCUCUUGUUUGCAGCUGAACCUUAUGAAACAAUUUCUUUCAAGGUACCUAGCACAGAGAUUGAUAAGUCCACUCCAAAGUUUUUCUCGCAUUGGGACCCAGAUUCAAAGAUGUUCACACUGCAGUUGUAUUUUAAAACCAAGCCACCAGAGACAAACAAACCACAACCGCCUGCCUCUACACCCAAUGGCACCACAGCACCGGGUGUUCCACCAAGGCCUCUGCCCCCACCACCACAAGGUCAACUACCACCACCGCCACCUCCUCCACAAGGGCUACCACCAGGAGCACCUAUGGGUAAUCCUCCUCGGGCCCCUCCACCGCCAAUGCCAGGGUCAAUGCCUCCACCACCUCCUAUGGCUGCAAACGGUCCUAGACCUGUACCUUCUGGUGCAAUGCCGCCUCUUCCACCCCCAGCCCCUAUGGGUGCUAGACCUCCGUCAAUGCCACCUCCACAAGGUUUUCCAGGCCAACAGAUGCAGGGCUAAGGCAUCCAUUUGAUUCCACCAACCCCUAUUGCGCGUGACCUUUAUUCUGGCCUUAGGGCAUAUGCUGAUCACUAUUGAGUGUUAAAAAGAUGUAGUUGGACGCACCUUAUCCAAAGGCUCAAUAUUGAGGUUAUGUAAGAUGCUAGUUUUCAUGAGUAAUACCCCGAAUUGCUAAUACAUUUUUCAUUGCAUCUCAUUUUCUAAUUUUCAAGUUUAUACAUUGCAGUAUCAAGUUGUCUGGUAUUCGUUA